AUGUCACCUAUUGAAGAAACAGAGGUUAAGAGGCCAAUCAAGGAUGAGUUUGCCGAUGAACACAUCCUUGCUGUUAUUGGUGUACCAUGGUUUGCAGAUUAUGCAAACUAUAUAGUAGGAGGGUCUCUUAGGCGGAGGAGUUUGAUGAAUGGAGUUUUGAGCAGGGCGACGAAAGAAGAUUUGAGAAAAAUUGAAAGAGGCUAUACACAAAAAAAAGGGUGUUGCGCUUCGGUUCAGCCCAGCAAGAACAUUCCACUUAACACUUGGCUUCUCCCUAAUACUCGCCGAAUCCAACCUUUCCCUAAGCUUCGCCUGCUCCAGAUCCUUUCUAUCUCUUCACUCCAGAUCCUCCGCGCUAAUCCAUUCUCCCAACCCCAAAUCGCAGGCGAAAUCAACAACCUCGCCUCCACCAUAUCAAAAUCUCAGUUCACUAUCUUAUCCCUAACCAUGAUUAUAAGCCUAAAUACUUCUUCUUUGAUUCAAUUCUCUGCCCUUCUUGCUUAUGAUUCCAAUUCAAACUCUCAUACUUUCAUCGAUUCAAUCAUAACAUCAAAAGAAGAUAUAUGUUACCAGAAGGGAUUAAAGAAACGUUACCUACCGGCGAUGAUCCCGAUUCCUUUUCAACACCGGUGCAAAGAUAAGAACUCCAACGGUAAGCUCUUCACUUGUUUCCCUUUCUUUUCUUCUGAACUCCUUUAUCGUCGCUUCCUGUUGUUAUCUAAAAUCUCGGUUAUGCCCUGA